CGCAUCACCACGCACUGUUGACGGGACUUUAUCGCGGGGUCGCGGCUCAGGAGGAGACCCUCACAGCGGGUUACAGCAUGCGGAGGAUGGCGGAGGAGAUACAACCUGCCAGGGAGCAGAGCUCCUGGAUAUCAAGUUGGCUUCCCUCCUGGUGCCCCACUUCUCCUUCUCAGCUGAAAGAUGCAGAGGAAAAAAUCCUCAAGACUGUGAAGCGCCCAUUCUCCAGGCAACAUGUUCGGAUAUCCAGCGGCAACUAUCUGUGGACCUUAGCUUUCUCCAUUCAGCAGCAGUCACCCACCGUGUCUGUCCCACAGCCCCCAGCCCAGCCCUGGACCCCUUUGGUUCUACUGCAUGGCUUUGGAGGCGGAGUUGCCCUCUGGGCCCUCAACCUGGACUCUCUGUCCAUCGGCGGACCGGUUUACGCUCUAGACCUGCUGGGCUUCGGCAGGAGCAGCCGUCCGCAGUUCAGCACCGACCCCAGGGAGGCUGAGGAUCAGUUUGUGGUGGCCCUGGAGGAGUGGAGAGAGAAGGUGGGACUCGAGGAGAUGGUGCUGCUGGGACACAACCUCGGAGGUUACCUGUCUGCGGCCUACGCGCUUAAAUACCCACACAGGGUGAAGCAUCUGCUGCUGGUGGAGCCGUGGGGAUUCCCAGCACGUCCAGAGAACACCAACCACAGCUCCAUCCCUAUGUGGAUCAGAGCAAUGGGUGCCGUUGUGAGCCCCUUCAACCCUCUGGCUGGUCUUAGGCUGGCUGGACCUUUAGGCCCAAUGCUGGUUCAGACCAUCAGGUCAGACUUCAAGCAGAAAUACUCCUCCGUGUUCAGUGACUACACUGUGUGCGACUACAUCUACCAUCUGAAUGCCCAGACUCCAAGUGGGGAGACGGCCUUUAAGAACAUGACCAUUCCCUACGGCUGGGCAAAGAGGCCUAUGCUAGACAGGAUCGGCCAGGUCCGAGCCGACAUUCCCAUUUCUUUCAUUUAUGGAUCCCGCUCCAGUAUUGACUGCGACUCUGGAUAUGCGUUCAAGAAAAUCAGGCCAGACGUGGAGAUCAGAGUGAUCAGAGGAGCGGGCCACUAUGUUUUCGCGGACCAGCCAGAAGACUUCAACCAGACGGUGCUUCAGAUUCUCACCAGGAUGGAGGAGAAAAGUGAAGGUGAAGGAACAAAGCAGAAGCCUCCUCACUUCUCAGAACAGCCUGUGUGACUGUGUGAAAGUGGCCAGCAGAUGGCAGCACAGUAACAGCCUGCAUGCAUGCGUCACCUCUUCUCUGUUUUGCAGGAUAGUGCCAGCAAAUCCCAAACAAGAGUAGCCUCACAUGCAUAUUGAGUUGAGUGACCUACUCAGGAGACCUGGACAGUGAUGCUCUAAGAGCAGUACAACACUCGGCUUGCUGCUAAGUCACAACUGCAAUGACAGAAUAGGGUCAGAGAUGUGUGCUGGACUAAAAAUAGGACUUCUAUACAAAGAGGCAUCAGCAUGAGGCAAACAUGUUUCUGUGAGACAUUAAUUUUGUGAAUAUGUGAGUGUGCAAAAAUGCUAUUUUAAUUAGAUAUCUGUCCUUUUGUUGCAGAAUUUCGGGUUGCAUUGUACACUCCAUUAAAUCCAUUUUGAACCUUGUUUCUUGUUUAACUCAAUAAAU